ACAAACCCACGCCGUCAACGUCGGGACCGUUCAAGACUUUCGAGUUUGUCGUCGUCUUGGGAUGUUUUUGCCAAACCUCCGGGUUCGGUGAUGGCUCAGCCGGGUUCGGUGACGGCUCAGCCUGGCUCGGUGACGGCUCAGCCGGGUUCGGUGACGCCGGGCUCAGUGAUGGCUCAGCCGGGUUCGGUGACGGCUCAGCCGGGCUCGGUGACAGCUCAGCCGGGUUCGGUGACGGCUCAGCCGGGCUCGGUGAUGGCUCAGCACGUCAUCGAAGUCUUCUUGGAGCGUGAGCGGAGGAUCGCGGGUUACGAGGCUGAGAUAUGGCGUCUCCGGAGGGAGAACCGGCGGCAGAGGAAGCUGCUGGACGCCGUUUACAAACCCGAAGUGCGGCUCUACAAGUCAGACCUCCAGCAGCUCUUAGUUUCUAAAGAGGAGGUUCCCUCUGGGGAGCCAGAGCCACCACACAUUAAAGAGGAAGAGGAGGAACUGUGGAGCAGUGAGGAGGAAGAACAACUUCAAGGACUGGAGGAGACGGCUGACUUUACCAAGUUGUCAUUCUCUCCUGUCUCUGUGAGGAGUAGAAAUGAUGAUGAGAAAACUCUUUCCUCUCAGCUUCAUCGAAGCCAAAUCAAGGAGGAAAGAGAGGCAGAGCCUCCAGCAAGCACCUCAACUGAGCAGAUGAAACCAGAACCUGAUGGAGAGGACUUUGGAUCAUCAGAACUAGCCAGUAACCUAGAUCAAGAUGGCGAUUUACAAACAACUAGUGAUGGACAACUAUCUUCAGAUUGUUGUGAAAGUGAGACAGAAGACAGUGAUGAUGGUCGGAACAAGACUAGAGAAACUCAGUCAGGUUUGGAUACAACAGAGAAUCAUGAAAUGAGUUAUCAGAGAUCUGAGAAUAAACCCUUCGGUUGCUCAGUCUGUGGUAAAGGAUUUACUAGAAGAGGAAACAUGCAGACACACAUGAUAAUACAUAGAGGAGAGAAACCUUUCAGUUGCUCAGUCUGCGGUAAAGAGUUUUCUCAAAAACAAACUAUGCAAAGACACAUGAGAGUACAUACAGGAAAGAAACCUUCCAGUCACUCAGUCUGCAGUGAAUGGUUUUCUCAAAGAGGACAUAUGCAGUCAUACAUGAUGAUAAAUACAGAAGAAAGCUCCUUUAGUUGCUCGGUUUGCAGUGAAGUGUUUUCUCAAAGACGAACUCUACAAAGACACAUGAGAAUACAUACAGGAGACAAAACCUUUAGAGGCUUGCUCUGCGGUGAAGUGUUUUCUCUGAGAGGACAUACGCAGACACACAUGAGAAAACAUAAAGUAAAGAACCCUUUCAGUUGCUCAUUAUGCGGUAAAAGGAUUUAUCAGGAAGGAAAUAUACAAAGACACAUGAGAAUACAUACAGGAGACAAACCCUUUAGUUGUUCAGUCUGCGGUAAAGUGUUUUCUCAAAGAGGAAAUAUGCUUUUACACAUGAGAACACAUACAGGAGAGAAACCAUUUCCCUGCUCAAUCUGCUGUAAAGAGUUUUCUAGAAAAGCACAUAUGCAGUCACACAUGAGAACCCAUACAGGAAAGGAACGUUUCAGUUGCUCAGUCUGCAGUAAAGGGUUUUCUCAAAGAGGGACUAUGAAUAGACACAUGAAAAUACAUACAGGAGACAAACCCUUUAGUUGCUCAGUGUGCGGUAAAGGGUUUUCUCAAAGUGGAAAUUUGCAGUUACACUUGAGAAUACAUACAGGAGAGAAACCAUUUGCCUGCUCAAUCUGCUUUAAAGAGUUUUCCAGAAAAGAGCAUAUGCAGUCACACAUGAGAACCCAUGCAGGAAAGAAACAUUUCAGUUGUUCAGUCUGCAGUAAAGGGUUUUCUUACAAGCAAACUGUGCACAGGCACAUGAGAAUACAUACAGGAGAGAAACCCUUUGGUUGCUUAUUCUGUGGUAAAGUGUUUUCUCAAAGAGCAACUAUGCAAAGACACAUGAGAAUACAUACAGGAGAAAAAGCAUUUAAUUGCUCAGUCUGUGGUAAAGGGUUUUCUCAAAGAGAAAAUAUGCAGUCGCACAUGAGAUUACAUACAGGAAAGAAACCUUUCAGUUGCUCGGUCUGCAGUAAAAGGUUUUAUCAAAGAGCAACGAUGCAAAUACACAUGAGAACUCAUACAGGAGAAAAACCCUUUAGUUGCUCAGUCUGCGGUAAAGGGUUUUCUCAAAGUGGAAAUUUGCAGUUACACAUGAGAAUACAUACAGGAGAGAAACCAUUUGCCUGCUCAAUCUGCUGUAAAGCGUUUUCUAGAAAAAAAUAUCUGAAGCCACACAUGAGAACCCAUACAGGAAAGAAACCUUUCAGUUGCUCAGUCUGCGGUAAAGGGUUUUCUCAAAGAGGAACUAUGAAUAGACACAUGAGAAUACAUACAGAAGACAAACCCUUUAUUUGCUCAGUCUGUGGUAAAGUGUUUUCUCAAAGAGGAACUAUGAAUAGACACAUGAGAAUACAUACAGGAGACAAACCCUUUAGUUGCUCAGUCUGUGGUAAAGUGUUUUCUCAAAGAGGAAAUAUGCAAAAACACAUGAGAAUACAUACAGGAGAAAAAGUGUUCAGUUGCUCAGUCUGUGAUAAAGGGUUUUCUCAAAGAGAAAAUAUGCAGUCGCACAUGAGAAAACAUACAGGAAAGAAACCUUUCAGUUGCUCGGUCUGCAGUAAAGGGUUCUCUCAAAGAGCAACUAUGCAAAGGCACAUGAGAACUCAUACUGGAGACAAACCCUUUAGUUGCUCAAUCUGCCGUCAAGUGUUUUCUCAGAGUGGAAAUUUGCAGUUACACAUGAGAAUACAUACAGGAGAGAAACCAUUUGCCUGCUCGGUCUGCUGUAAAGCGUUUUCUAGAAAAGAAAAUCUGAAGUCACACAUGAGAACCCAUACAGGAAAGAAACCUUUCAGUUGCUCAGUCUGCGGUAGAGAGUUUUCUGUAAAACAAAAUGUUAAAGUACACAUGAGAGUACAUACAGGAGACAAAACCUUUGGUUGCUCAGUCUGUGGUAAACUGUUUUCUCAAAGAGGAAAUAUGCAAAGACACAUGAGAACACAUACAGGAGACAGCGGUUAGUUGCUCAGUCUGUGGUAAAGCGUUUUCUAGAACGGGAGGUUUGUUUUCACACAUGAGAGUACAUGCAGGAGAUAAAGCCUUCAGAUGCUCAGUCUGCGGUUAAGUGUUUUCUCAAAGGAAAUAUGCUAUCACACAUGAUAGAAGCCAUUUCCUGGCUCAAUCUGCUGUAAAGGGUUUUCUAGAAGAGGACACACGAGCA